CCACUCCCAUUAUCAUCCCGCUAAACCCCUCUUCUCCAUUUCGAAGAGAAAGAGAGAGAGAGAGAUGUCAGAAGUAGCUGUAGCACCAUGUGGUUGCAGAGCAAAUGGGAAGAGGGGAGGAAAAGGGGAAGUAGAGGAAAGACAAUGCCAGAUCUCUCUGAUCACUCUUCUUGCAGCUACCUUCAAGAAAUCCAUGGCUCACUGCCACUUGAGAGAGGAAGAGCCAGCAAUCGACAUCAGUUGGCCUUCUGAAGUUCAUCACAUAGCUCAUGUUACCUUCGACCGUUUCCAUGGCUUCCUCGGUCUUCCAGUCGAGUUUGAGCUCCAAGUACCUCGCCAAGCUCCCAGCGCGAGUUUGAAUGUAUUUGGAAUAUCCCCUGAGUCGAUGCAAUGCGGGUAUGACUCUAAAGGGAAUAGUGUGCCGACUAUUCUGUUGCUGAUGCAGCAGAGAUUAUGCUCUCAGGGUGGUUUAAAGGCAGAAGGAAUUUUUAGGAUAAAUCCCGAAAAUGAGCAGGAGAAGGAAGCAAGGCAGCAGCUCAGCAAGCUGGGCGUUCUGCCUGAUGGCAUUGAUGUUCAUUGCUUGGCUAGCCUGAUAAAGGCCUGGUUCAGAGAACUUCCUGAAGGGGUGAUGGACAGUCUCUCCCCAGGACAAGUUCUUCAAUGCGAAACUGAGGAAGAUUAUUCCGAGCUUGUGAAGCUGCUUCCCCCAACACAAAAUGCACUCCUCAAUUGGGCGGUUGAGCUCAUGGCAGAUGUGGUUGAAGAGGAGAACUCCAACAAGAUGAAUGCCAGAAACAUAGCCAUGGUCUUCGCACCAAACAUGACUCAAUUAUUGGAUCCCUUAACUUCUUUGAUUCAUGCCGUGCAAGUCAUGAACUUGCUCAAAGCAUUGAUACUUAAAUCACUGAGGGAA